AUGUUAGUUGUGGUGGUGAUGGUGGUUGCCCUGGUCCUGAAAUUCCUAGGAAGUCUCCGUGGCGACACCACGAUAGAACAAGUAAUAGCAACAGAAACCGAUCGUCUACUACCCAAGGAGGCAACUUCAUUCUCAUAUGGAACAAGUGAAGAAGAUGAAGAGUCAGGAAAUUGUAAUAACAGUUCAUCAGAAGACUUGUACGAUGGAAAAAUAUGCGUAAUAUGCUAUGAUGAACCAAGAGAUUGCUUCUUCAUUCCUUGUGGUCACUGUGCUACCUGCUAUGUUUGUGCCCAGAGGAUUAUGGAUGGGGAAAGGAAGGCGUGCCCGGUAUGCAGAAAAUUCAUUAACAAAGUGAGAAAAUUGUUUAUUGCAUAG